AUGAGCAUCAGUGACAUCAAGGACAGAUGGCCCGCCUUGUUUGAUGUCUCGCAAGUUAGCGCAGAAUUUCAGAGGAUCACCACACUGAAUCUUGAGCCAAAAUUCAUGGCAAUGUUGGACUUCUAUACACCUAAACUGCUGUCCUUGUUUCAAACGAAGAAAGGUGCUGCAGGAGAGAGACAUCGGGCACAAAUGAGUGUUCUACUUAAGAGUGGAAUCCCCAUUCAACAGACCCGUGAGGUUGUCAUCCGAUGUCUCAUCAAUCAUUUGGGAGAAGAUGCCAGUGCCUUGUUCAAGGACUUUGAGGAUGCUGCUGAUGGAUCUGCCAGUGUUCAAGAGGAGUUGGCAGAAGAGGUCAUGAAGAUUUACCUGCUGCGGAAACAAGAUGGGUCAUUGGAUGUUGGGAUUGUCAUUGAGGGCAACACUGUCCUCAGCAGUCUUGGAGAUGUUAGCAGGGCCUGCUGCUAUCUCUUGGGACUGAUGUACGUGUUAGAUCUGCAAUACCCCAAGAACCUCAAACAUAGUUUUGAGGUAUUCCAGAAAGUACUGCUGGAGCUGGAUUCUGGAAUCCUUUCCAACAAGGUUCAGAGACUAAAGAAUUACCUCUGUAUGUAG